AUGGUUAAUUCAGCAUAUCCCAUUCCUGAGGGUUUCACUGAAACAGAAGUCUUUAGCAUUGGCACCAUCCUGCUGGUUGAAGCCUUACUCGGAUUCUCUCUGAAUGUCGUGACCAUUGUUUCUUUCUGGAAGGUCAAGGAGCUUCAAACCCCUGGGAAUUUUCUGAUAUUCAACCUUGCCUUGUCUGACUGCGGCAUCUGCAUCAAUGCCUUCAUUGCUGCAUUCUCUAGUUUCUUAAGAUAUUGGCCCUAUGGUUCCGAUGGCUGCCAAAUUCAUGGGUUUCAGGGAUUUUUAACAGCCCUAACAAGCAUUAACUGUACAGCUGCAAUUGCGUGGGACCGAUAUCAUCAAUAUUGCACCAGAAGCAGACUACCGUGGAAUUCCGUGUUCUCCAUGGGGCUGUUUGCUUGGUGUUUCGCUGGCUUUUGGUCUGCAAUGCCACUUUUGGGAUGGGGAGCUUAUGAUUAUGAGCCUCUGAGGACCUGUUGCACUUUGGACUAUACCAAAGGAGACAGAAAUUAUAUCAUGUUCCUUAUUCCUCUGGUGCUAUUCAAUUUUGUGAUCCCGAUUUUCAUCAUGUUAAUGUCCUAUCUUUCCAUUGAUAACAAGUUCAGGAAAACAGCACGGUUUAAGUUUAACACUGGUUUGCCAGUGAAAUCGUUGGUCAUUUGCUGGGGCCCCUACUCACUUCUAAGCUUCUAUGCUGCAGUUGAAAACGUGGCAUUCGUCUCGCCCAAAAUCUUAAUGAUCCCUGCUGUUAUUGCCAAGACCUCACCAACCAUGAAUGCCUUCAUUUACGCUCUGGGGAAUGAGAACUACCGAGGAGGAAUAUGGCAGUUUUUCACAGGAGAAAAAAUUGAGAAAGCCAAAGUUGAUGACAAGAUUAAUUAA